GGCCCCUGGCUGGCGGCCGGCCGGCGCCCCCUGCCUAGUAUGCGCGCGACGGCGGCGGGCUGCGUGGAGUGGCCUCCCCUGCGGUCGCGCAGCCAGGCGGCAGCGGCGGCGGCGGCACCUGCCGGCCGAGCAAUGCCAAGUGAGCACAACUGUGUGAAACUGAGAAGUGACUGCUCCAGGCCCCCUCUGCAAUGGUACCCUCGAGCUCAGAGUAAAAUGAGAAGACCCAGCUUGUUGAUAAAGGACAUCUUCAAGUGCUCAUUGCUUGUGUUUGGCGUGUGGAUCCUUUAUAUCCUCAAGGUGAAUUAUUCCACUGAAGAAUGUGACACAAGAAAGGCGCAUUAUGUGGACCCCGAGCGCGUGAAGAGAGCUCAGGCCUACGCUCAGCAGGUCUUACAAAAGGAAUGCCGUCCCAAGUUCGCCAAGACAUCUAUGGCCCUGUUAUUUGAGCACGGGUACAGCGUGGACCUGCCGCCUUUCGUGCAGGAGACUCCGCAGGAGAAUGAAGCUAUAUACAAGUUCGAUCCUCCUUUCGGAUUCCGAAAGUUCUCCAGCAAAGUCAAGGACCUUCUAGAACUCCUGCCCGAGCACAACUUCCCUGAGCACUUGAAAGCCAAGCGUUGCAGGCGGUGUGUGGUAAUUGGAAGUGGCGGGAUACUGCAUGGACUAGCGCUGGGCCAUGCCCUGAACCAGUUUGAUGUUGUGAUAAGACUGAACAGUGCACCCGUGGAGGGAUAUUCUGAGCAUGUUGGAAAUAAAACUACCAUCAGGAUGACCUACCCAGAGGGCGCACCGCUGUCCGACCUUGAAUAUUAUUCCAACGACUUGUUUGUUGCUGUUCUGUUUAAGAGUGUUGACUUCAACUGGCUUCAAGCAAUGGUGAAAAAUGAGACCCUGCCAUUUUGGAUACGAAUCUUCUUUUGGAAACAAGUGGCAGAAAAAAUCCCACUGCAGCCAAAACAUUUCAGGAUUUUGAAUCCCGUGAUCAUCAAAGAGACUGCGUUUGACAUCCUUCAGUACUCAGAGCCUAAAUCCUGGUUCUGGGGCCAAGAUAAGAACAUCCCGACGAUCGGUGUGAUUGCCGUGGUCCUAGCCACCCACCUGUGUGAUGAAGUCAGCCUAGCAGGUUUCGGCUACGACCUCAGCCGGCCCCAGGCACCCCUGCACUACUUCGACAGUCAGUGCAUGGCUGCCAUGAACGGGCAGAGGAUGCAUAACGUGACCACAGAAACCAAGUUCCUGAUGAAGUUGAUCAAAGAGGGCGUGGUGACAGACCUCAGCGGGGGCAUCCACUGUGAAUUCUGAACACACUCAAACACACGACCAACCUCACUUGGAAACGCAGCCCGGGCCCAGGCUGUCCUCAAUAACCUUUCUCCUUUCUCCUUGCAUUUCAUCCUGCAAACACUUGAAAGUGCAGCUGGUGUUUUUAAACUUGGAGUUAAGGCAGAAAGCAUUUAGCUCUUCCUGCUUUUUUUUUUCUUUUUUACUAUUUAUUGGAGGUCAGUGUUGUUUUUUUGCACAACAUUUUGUAAAUUAAGAAUGGAAUUGAAAAGACAUCCAAGAGAAUUGUGUGGGGUACAGUUCUCUUGUAUUUUAAGAGAGUAAUUUAAUUUGUUAAAAAAAAAAAAAAGAGAGAGAGACCCAUAUACACUGCACACCCACUACCAGGUGGCUAAGGGGAGCAAGGCAGGGCGUUCCUCCUGUGCUGACAGAGCCGAUUGUGCAGUUCUGGAUCCCUGCCACUCUCGCUGUUGGAACCCACGGAAGCCCUUUUAAAAAGGAAGAUAUGACUAAGCCACCGGCAGCUGUGAUGGGGCCUGAGCCCAUCAGACAAGUUCAUGGCCCCUCUCUGGCUCUGCUGGCCAACUCCGGCGGUCGGCUGGGGAAGCCUUCCUGGAGGGACACAGAAGACACCCCGAGUGCUGUGAAGCUGCCCCGAGUGGCAGCAGCCCCCGUCUUCCCAGCAAUGAUGCCAACUCUGAAAUUCGUUGGUGAAUUUUUUUUUUCUGCCCUCGCAAAGCACUUGAGUGUUGGUGAAGGUGUUUAAAUGUUGGAUGUGUGAUUCGAAAGACGAAGACUCAACUUCAGUUAUGCAGAAUCACGGCAGCAAUUUUGUUUUUCCCCAGGGAAAAUGGUCACAUUUACUGAAACACCGAAAUGAAAUUAUGCCCAUGUUACAAAUUGCCUAUUUAAAGUGAAAAA